AUGCUCGGUCAGGUCGCUUUGUUGGGACGACCUGGACCUGGUCCAGCAACACGGCUGUUCCGGCAGCUCCAAACAGGAGUGUGCAAGCCAGUGACAGCUGCGGGAUCUCCAUUCCAUUCCUCGGCAACCACGACCAAGCAAGGCAGACGCUUCCCGGCCCCAGUCGCAAAAACAAAGACGCGUUCACACAAAAAGGAAGCCUCGGAGAAGAGCACAUGUGCAACAAGACCCUUGUCAAGCUCGGGCCCCGGAGCAUCCAGCGCAGUCAAGCCCAAGCGGCUCACCACCUCUGAGCCCUUGCCGGGCCCAACUCCAAAUGACAAGACACGACUCAAGAGCAAGCGCGUGUCGCCGCAACAAACCGGUAAAGCUCCACUACAGAGCAGUGACGUAAAGACAUCUAGGCAGCAAAGCUCAUCAAGGCUGGAUUCAUAUGAUCCAGCUGUUGCCAACGUCACAUUUCCAAAGGACAUCCUGCCAUAUGUGCCUUUGCUUCCACCCCCACGAUCACCCAAGAUCGAGCGGCAGUAUCUCCAUGAGCUUCGAGUCUCUAUCAGCAUGGGCAAACCUAUUCUCGAGGUUCUGGCUGUCUGGCAUGUCCUUGUGGAUCGCCAGGCCACCGAUGUGGCCACGCCGGACGAUUUUAUGAGCAUCUCCGAUUAUGUCGAGCACUUUCUCAAGGGUUCGCGACGGGAACUCGAGGAUAUUGUCUGUACCAGACCUGAAACGUUCGGCCUGCUUCGCAACAUGGUUAUCGAAGCCGCAGCUCACAAUCAUUGGAGAGGCUUGAACGAAUUGCUCCUCAAGUUGAUCCAAUUCAACCGCCCGACAGACGUGCAACACAUUUGGCUGUCGUGGAAUAAGCGUAUUCGACAGGUACAGGGACACAAUCUCAAGGACUUGAACCAUCUCAACCGCGCGACUCGUUUGCGCGCCCGCAUAUCCGGCCCAGGUGCCAAAGAGCUUACUCUUCCUUACAUGGCAGCCCUCACCAUGCUGGACCAAUUCGGCCCCACACAAAUGCCUGCUCUGCUUGGCGUGAGCUUCGUCGACGACAGACAUUGGCGCGCAAUGAAACCGCUAUGGAAACACCUUCCCAGAGGCCAAUUUAACUUGCGUCGCAAGAUUCAGGUCAACAUGGUCGAUUUUAUGACGGUCAUUAAAUGUCAUCACUACUUGGCAUUUGGCGCCUACCUGGCACACAUGCUCGCAGUGCGCGACGCCCGCUCCACUGCUGGUUCUUGUGUCAACUUGGGUUUCGGCCUGGAAGGGCUCAAACCGUCUCGAUUGCGCACCUGUUGGGGUUCAGAUUUUCGUGUUUUUGCUUCUCUGCAACGUUCCGAUCUCAUUUGGAAGAUGCUCCACGUCGACUUGCCGCUGUGUUUCCGGGUCUCUGGCGUAGAACAGCUCCAGCCCUACGUCCUGGCAGUGGCCAUGGGGUCAUUAUCGGGAACGAUCCACGCCGCAACCCCUAAGGAACGGGGGCGACUUCUUGCUCAAAUCAACCACCUCUGGGAUGAUAUCUGCCGCAGGGGAGGUCAACAUGAUGUCCAAACCAUGAAGAUCCGCAUGGACGUCUUGAUAAAUAUUGCGCCAUACCAGCAAGUUAACGCGCACGAGUACUAUGACAGCUGUCGCAAGGUACUUCAGGGCACUCGUGGGCUGCAAUACAUCGUCCCCUCAUACUUCGGCUACCUCAGCGUCAACGAUCCUGCAGGUACUAUCGAAUUCUUAAAGACAGACCCAGACCUUGCCGGCCUACGCGACCUAAUGAGUUGGAGUCGGAUUAUCAAAUCCAUCAUUAAGCUCAAGCGGCCGUACGAGCAGCGUAACAUGCUGCUUCGCCUGGCAAUGAAACGCAUGCCGGCCGGCAUGGUACCCGAGCCUAAAACGUUCGGCAUGAUGGUUGGUUUCUACCUCGAUUCUGCCAACACACCGAUAGAGAAAUGGCUUCAAAUUGUCCGUCAAGGGAUAUCUCCAACACACUUCAACCCCGAAAAGAUCUGCAUGUACAUACUUCAAGGACUCCUCCCUCCUGGACGCAACGACAUCCCGCCGGCUCGCUUGGAGCUGGCCUUGCAUGUCCUGCGCCAUGUCUUUCCCCGCACAUCUCAUGCCAAUCCAGCCUAUUAUCAAAACAGCUGGACGUUGGUCAUCAACUGCGUGGUGACAGCAACAAACCUCAACGGCAGCCAGCGGCACCAGCUCAUCGCGGACGCAGUCGACAGCCUCCCGCAACUUUCAGCAAAGGCGCAACGACUCAUUUAUUUAAACAUCAUCAAAGGCUCCGUUCAGCGACCCGAUCGCGAGGGUCUCGCGGAAGCUCUCUACUACUGGCCGAUUUUCGCUUCAGGGGCGACGCAGCAAGGAUUUGAUGAAGCCCUUGGCUAUCUGAGGAAGGCAGGUUUCAACAACACUGCCCAGGACUUGCUCAAUCAGUGGGAGGAGAGCAAGGCCGAUGUGGAGGGUGUGGAUAAGCGUAGGCUGGAAGAUGCGGAGGCAGUAGAGGAGGCUGCCGUGGAGGCGCAGGAGGAGGAGAUGGCGGAGGAGAGCGGGGAGGAUGGUGACUAUGAGUUUAACGACUAG